GAGGCGACGGGGCUGGUGGCCACGAUGGUGCCGGUGCUCGCCGACCAUCCCCUCGUCGAAGGCCCACGGUUCAGGCAGCUGAAGAUCGGAGCGGGGCACCGGUUGGACGUGAGGGCCUCAGGAGUCUUCGUACUCGGCCUUGGCCAUGGGAAUAAGCUACUGACUGAUCUGUACAACUGCCACCUGACCAGGGUUUACACUGUUGCUGGGCUGUUUGGCAAGGCCACUGAUGACUUCUCAGACACAGGGAAGCUACUAGAGAAAACAACAUUUGAUCAUAUCACAAGGGAGAAGCUGGAGCGGAUUCUCGCUGUCAUUCAAGGAACAAAUCAUAAGGCUCUGCUGAUGUAUUCCAACAUUGACAUGAAAACACAAGAGGCGUACGAUCUGGCUGUCAAAGGGUUGAUUCGCCCCAUGGGAAAAAGCCCCCCGAUAAUCACAGCAAUCCGAUGCCUCCAGUUCACACUUCCAGAAUUCCAGCUAGAGAUCCAUUGCUUGCAUGAGACUCAGCAGUACCUCCGAAAAAUAGUUCAUGAGAUUGGUCUGGAGCUGAAAUCGUCCGCCGUGUGCACCCAAGUACGAAGAAUACGCGAUGGUGUUUUCACACUGGAUGAUGCUCUCCUGCGAACCCAGUGGGACCUGCAGAGUAUAAAAAAAGCAAUUCGGGACUGUCAGCUCAAAGUGAAAACAGAAUUAGAGAAAACACUGGGGCAUCAGGAUAAAAGUCUUCUUCAUAAUAUGGAUGCGGAGACGACCCACGCUGCAGACAACUGA